CCUCGACGCAUCUACCUUUACAGGCUGAUACUGGAUUCGCUGGUCAUGACUCGGCUACCCCUUCUCUUCGUCGUAAUCGCUACGAUUAUUGCAACAGCCUCCGCACAAUUCGGCAACAUUUUCGACCAAUUCUUCGGUCACCACGGUCAACAACAGCAACAACAGCAGCAAGCUCACGGCGGAGUCGAAUGGUACAAACGUCAACACGAAGCUGGCAACUGCCCGUUAGAUAAAUACGUAUGUCCGGAUACGAUGGCAUGUGUGGACGCGCCGAAGGAUUGUCCGUGUCGUUUUGCGGGGGAGACGAAGUGUGUUACAGGGAAGGGGAGUUAUGUGUGUUUGAUGGGAGGAGGUGGGGUGGAUGUUUGUAAGGAGGUUCAGGAGGAGUGAAUCAAUUGGAACGGGAUAGACACGAUAUAUCUGCAAGAACGAUUCAUUGACUAUACUAGUUGACGGUUCACAAGAAUACUGAAGACAGGAGGAAAGCACUGUACACUUCAUCGAUGUUAGCUCUCAUCCUCACAA